GAACCCGAGAUUCUUGAUUUCUCAUGAUGUUUACUUUUAGUUUAUUGCAUCUUAUAAGAAUAUAAUAUGCAUUUAUAUAAUUAUUUAUAGUUUCUGGGAUGUUGUACAAAGAUCUAUUGAAUAACGUGCUCAUGGACUAAGGAGCAUUUAGUCUAAUUAUUUUUGCCACACCACCAUACAUAUCACGUGAUCAAUUCAACAUCCGGUUUUGCGGCGAUCAUCACUAAAGACUAGAUAAUUUGAUACAUUGCAAUGUAUUCAGAAGAGGAGGACGAUAUAUAGAUAUUUAUUAACAGUUAACGUGUUAAAAGUCGUAGGAAAACCUAUGCAUUGAGCAGGUUCAGGUGUGAGAUCAAAUAAAAGUCAGGACCCAGUGCAACAAGGGAAGACAAUCCUUGCUACUGGCACUUAUCACUAUCAGAAGUCGACAAAUUUUGAACAACAGACGCCUGUGAUUUCUACCCUCAUUUCCUGUUCAUCUUCAUUAACUGUUAAGAAGACCAGAACUUAAAGAUGUGGCAUGAGGCUAGAAAACAAGAGAAGAAGAUCAGGGGUCUUAUGGUGGAUUAUAAAAAGAGAGCAGAGAGACGAAGAGAAUAUUAUGAAAAAAUAAAGCUUGAUCCAACCCAGUUUUUGAGGGUGUAUGGGCGACCUGUAAAGGUGAAUUUAGAUCCUGCAGUUGCUAUUGCAGCAGAGAGUCCACAGAGCAUGAUGCCAUGGCAGGGAGAUAAAGAGAAUAUGAUAGACAGAUUUGAUGUUAGAGCACAUCUGGAUAUAAUGCCCAAGUUCAAUCUUGUAACUCCACCUAUAUUGAGUCAGAGGGAGGAAGAGGAAGAGAGGAGAGCUAAUUAUGAAAGAUAUCGAACAUUAGUGGAAAAUGAAUGUGCAGGCGUUACAGAGGAGCAAGCCUUGCAUCAAAUAUAUAUUGAUGAAACAUAUGGGGCUAUUAACAAGGGAACAGAGGAGGAGAAAAAGAAACUGGCUGAUAAGAAGGCAGCUAUAGGUUAUACAUAUGAAGACAGCACACCAGCCAUGGACAAAAAAGAGGAAGAGAGUGAAGAUGAGGACUCGGAUUUAGAUGUAGAAACAAUGGAUCUAGAUGUUACUUUGGACAUUGAUACAUUGACAAAUGAACAAAAGAGCAUGCUGAAUCAAUGUGCUCAGACUUAUGGGAUGAAAAAUGAAGACUUUGUCUGUUGGUUAACAAGAGAUAAAGAGGAAAUGGAGGAAAUACGCCAAGCAAAAGUGUUAGAAGAGGAAAAAGCACAAUUUGCUGGAAGGAAAUCGAGAAGAGAAAGAAGAGCUUACAAGGAAAAGAAGUUAGCUGGUAGAAAACUCAGUCCACCAAGCUAUGCUGCAAGAGAUAGUCCAAAAUAUGAACCAUAUGAAAGGAGAUCUUCAUCAUCUAGAUCCCGGUCUUGUUCACCUGAAGAACCAAAAAAGACAAAAGUGGAGUUUAUAACAAGUUUUGGUGGAGAGAGUGAUGAUGAGGGUGUGGUCCAGGGUCCCUCCCUUCCUACACAAUUAAGUGUUAGCGAGUCUCCACACACAUGGAAGAAGAAAAAAGAAAAGAAGAAACGAAAAAGAAGAUAUUCAUCUUCAUCUAGAUCCCGAUCAAGAACACCACAGAAGUCGGCACCUAAAUCCAAAUUACCAGAAAAAUCUAAAACUUUAAAUGAAAAAACAGUAAUUGAACCUCUUCAGAAGGAAAAAAAUGGCAGGUCUAGAGAUUCUCGACUCUCAUCUGGAUCUCCUAGAAAGUCUUUCAGCAAUGCCAGUCACUCCAGAUCUAGGUCAAGGUCAAGAUCUUAUUCAUCAUCACGAUCUAGGUCAAGAUCAACUUCUAGAAGUAGGUCAAGAUCUAGUAGAUCAAUAUCUAAAUCUUCAAGGUCAAGAUCUAGAUCGCCAAGUCCCCAAAAACUUGUAUUAAAGCGAUAUCGCAGGAAAAGCCUGUCAUCUUCAGCAGCAUCUAGCAGUGACUCAGAGACUGACAAGAAAGACAAAUCAAGCUCUCAAAAGUCUGCAUCUGGUGUGGGUAAAACAUCCUUGGCCACAUCUCAAGUCAUCAAGCUUACUCCUCAAGAACGCCUUAAGAGAAGAAUGCAAGCAGCAUUGAAUAAGCAAUACAAGGCAGACAAGCGAGCCAACAUUGAGAGACAGAACAAGAUGGAACAGGAACGUCAGGACAGAGAAGAAGAAUUGAGAAUUCGAACUCUUGAAAUGAGAAGAAGGGAGAGGGAAAAACGACAUAGAGAAUUAGAGGACAACCCAAACAGUGACUCGGAUGAGAGAAAUAACAGUCCUCAAAUAGUAAAGAGAAGCCCUAGUCCAAAGCACAAGUCUCCUAAACCUGAGAGAAGGAGAAGUCCUCAGGUAGAACGUCGUAGAAGUCCAUUAAUUGAACGUAGGAGGAGUCCAUUACAGGAUCGUAGAAGGAGUCCCACUUCUGACAGGAAGAAAAGUCCAAUUAGAGAGCGUCGCCGCAAUUCCCCGGACAGGGGGAGGAAUCAGUACUUGGACAGGAGACGUAGUCCAGGCCAUGAAAGACGAGGGGGAGAUAGAUAUCGAAGUCCAGUGAGGGGGAGGCGUGACAGAAGUCCUAGAAAUUACAGACACAGGUCAAAUUUCAUUAAGAAUCUAUUGAUGUCAAUUAAGUUAUCAAUUGAAAAGGAAAACUCAACUGAUUUGAUUUCAAUAAAUAUAGUUUUAAAAAAAUACUGUAUAAAGUGAAACAUAUGUUUUGAAUUGUAGAUCGCGUUCAAGGUCACGAUCACCAGACAGAAGACCAAGACUAGUAAAUUACUGAGAUAUAAGAAAUUAAUAUGAUCGAGAUGUUUAAAUAAAUUGCUUUGUGAUUGGAUGCAAGGAUUUUACAGCGACUGAAAGAUGGUUACCUGAAUAUCUGUUCGUGUUUUAUGUGAUCUUAAAACACCACCGGAAGCAUAUUUCUCAACAGACAUUUUUUCCUCAAUCAAUUAAAUGUUCCUAGAAAUGCAGACCAUCAUUGUACAUCUUUCAUUGUUAAUGGUCUAGACAUUAAUGUGUAUUGUAUAUAUUAUAAAAUGAGGGGAAAAGUUGGUUAUAUGCUUGAUAAAAAUGAAAUUGUUAUUACUGUAGAGGCAAGUACAUGUAGCAACUAUAUUUUAUUGGAAGGUUGUUUGAUAUAAACAGUAAAACCUAAAACAUUUAA